AUGGCACGGUCGGCCGAAAAGGUCAAGGAGGAAAACGCGGACCAAGCUGAGAAGGGAAAUACCGAAGUCAGCCAAAAGGUCACCGAAGGUGGUGGCGCCGUCAGCAGCGACAUGCUGAUUGACGAAGGAAAGGUCAAACAGGAUGACCUUUCGGAAAACUCACUGUUCUUACAAGAACAGCUGGAAGAGAACGGUACCAGCCCCACGUCAAGUGACAAGUUUUACACUGACGAUGAAGACGAAACGACGGUACAGACGUCUUUCCAUACGGCAAUGAAGGAGGCAAACUUAACGAAAGGAAUGUUUGAUACGACCCUCCAGGACAAGCCAGAAGAGACCUUUGAAGGAAUGGCGUCAGGAAGAGCCGACGACCGGGACCAAAGGUCACCAUCACCAAAAACAUCCGUAAUGAAUGGCUUAAAGCAGCGUGUCAAGGAACUCGAGCAGCUACUUGACGAGAAGGAGAGCCAAGCAUUCGCUGCCAUUCGAGAACAACGGAAUAAAACUAUCGAAGUCGAAGCAAGGCUGUAUGUGAUGGAGCAAGAAAAGGUCACGCUCGAAGACGAAGCGCAACAAUGGAAAUCAAAGGUCAAGGAGGCCGAGAAAAAACGUGACGAAUCUCUAGCAAAUGCGACGAAGUUCACCGGAAAGGUCACCAGCUUGACGGCUGACAUCUCGAAACUGAAGGAUGACCUUAAAUUACGCGAAGACCUUGUCAACACGUUACAAGCAGAAUUAAAAGAGAUGAAAAGGAAACACAACGAAGCGGAAAGCCAGAGAGAUCAAGCAGCAAAGGAACUGCUUGAACUGGCUGAAAUAACAAAAACUGAAUUCAAGCGACUCAAUGACGAAAUCGACAACCAAAAGAAAGAAGCAAAGAAGUGGUUGAAGGAAGCACAACGGUGUGACGAACGGGUCACUGUGCUAGAAGUCGUGAAUAAAGAAGGAAAGACAGAAAAUGAAAAACAAAAAGAAGAGAUCGCCAAAUUGAGCGAUGAAUCAGUCGGAUUGGCUACUUCCGUAAUGGAAAAGGAUGAUAAAAUUACGGAACUAAAAGUCCAACUGAAAGCAGUUGAGGAAGAGUGCCAAGCGAGAGGAAGGACCCUCGCAGACAGAGCGGAUCGUAUUACACGAUUGGAAGCAGAAGCUGAGAUCCUAAAAGCAGCGAAAAUGGAUCUCGAUAAGACCCUUGAUAACAGGGCCAGUACAAUCUUCGAGCAAAUGAGAAAGGUCACCGAAGCAAACAACGAUUACGAGAAACUGCGGAAGGACGCAAAUGAAACCGUGAGACAGCUACAAGAAACAAUUAAACAAAGAGACGAAGAAAUCAAGACUCUCAAACGCUCGGCAAAACAGAAGGAAACUGAGAUCCAACAGCCGGAACGAAUCGAAUCUCCGCCCCCUGGAUACGGUGAAGUCCACACCGUCGAAGGUAGCUUUCAUUUCCAAGCUCCCUUAAAGACGGGGACUGGCCGAGACGACGGCCAUGAUAAAGAUAAGGUCAAAGCUGAAAAGGUCACCGACGAUACUGAGUUGGCGAAGGGGCACUCAGGACCGACCGGUGGGGUCAAUCCUCGGCAACAAGAAACAGGACCGAGGAAACAAUCGUCUACAAAUCUGACCAUCAACCAGAUAAUCAUGAAGAUCCACGAGUUCGCCAAAACGAGCAGGAAAGGUAGCUCGUGA